AUGGAUUGGCUCUGUGCUGGGUUGGCCGUGGAAGAGGAUCAGGUGACAAUGUUAUGUGUCACACCCGGUAUUGUAGAUUCGACGCAACAAGCCGAGGUCCGAAAUGAGCACAAAUCAAAUAUGCCUCCAGAGCAAUAUAAAUGGCUCGCGGACUUGCAUGCUCGAGACGAAUUGCUACCUCCCCAGCGUCCAGCAAGUUCCUUUGUGAGGCUAGCCGUGAAUGAAAUCCCAAAGGCCUUAAACGGCCAGGUUGUGCCAUGGGAUGAUGUAAGGAUUUAUUCUGCAAACUAG